CGGAAAAUACAUAUUGCAGUUUUCAUUUAAAAGUUGCGCUAUUAAUACGUCUUUUCUCCGGUAGUUCUGUGGGGUGGUGAGAAUUUUCUUGAAACAAGAAAAAUAUAUAUAAUUACCCUUUCGAUAAAAUUGGAAUAUUCCAAUAGUUUUGAAUUAAAAAAAAUGUCCUCGUCGUUGGGUGAAAGAAAUUAUUUUGCCAGUUAUUAUGUUCAGCUGAAGAAUAGUAUUGAAAAUUUCGACGAAGAAGUUGAAAAAAUUGACCAGUGUAAAAAUGAUUUGGAACGCGUACGUUUUGUGGAGUCAUUCAAGGGUCUCACUGACGGUCGGGAUGAGGCAUUGCAAAUACGUCGUGAAUUUCAUGGUAAAAGUGCGGCAACGGCCCUAGACUACAAGGAAAAGGGCAAUCUGGCCUUUAAGGCCCAAAAGUGGUUGGAGGCAAUGGUGUUGUAUACCAAAAGUUAUGUGGCUCUGCCGGACGAUAAAGUGAACGAGAAGUCCAUUGUUUUGGCUAAUCGCUCAGCGGCCCUGUAUCAUUUGGAAAAAUACGACGAGGCAUUGAUCGACAUCAAGAGAUCGCUGGAUUAUGGAUAUCCCAAGGAUUUGAUAUACAAGUUGUAUGAGCGCCUGGCCAGAUGUUAUAUGGCCAAAAAGGAUUAUCCAAAUACAAUUAAAUAUUUCAAACUAAUGAUCACCUCUAUGGAUGACGCCAAAAAUUUACCGGCAUCGCGAAAAUCUCAACUGAAUACCGUGGCCAUGACAAUGAUCAAAAUGUUGGAACGCGAUCCACGCACUACCAAGCAGAUGGAGAUCCGUAAAAAGAAAGGUUUGCCCGAAGAAGUUCCGCUAUCGCUGGCCAUUGCUGAUGAAAAAGAGUUUAUCAGCGAUGCCAUACGUUUCGAUGAGAAUCGCAGUGAGGGUCGUUUUGUGAGGGCGGCCAGCGAUGUUAAGGUGGGCGAAGAGAUUCUGGUGGAGAAACCCUUUGUGGCGGUUCUUUUGGAGAAAUUUGCCAAGACUCAUUGUGAAAACUGUUUCAUAAGAACUGCAAUUCCCGUGGCCUGUCCCAAUUGUGCUGACGUUGUCUACUGCUCGGAGAAAUGUCAAAAACGUGCUGCCAAAUCGUAUCACAAAUAUGAAUGCGGCAUUUUGCCAACCAUUUGGAGUUCCGGAGCAUCCGUAAAUUGUCACAUGGCCCUGAGAAUUUUGACCAGCCGAUCUGUGGAGCACUUCUUGGAGGUCUAUGACAAGAUCGAUGAGAAGCUCACAGCCGAUGAGAUUCAAAAGAUUCCCAAGGAUGAUUAUCGUCGCAUUGCCCAUUUGGUUAGGCAUGAGGAUGAACGUACCGCCUCGAAUUUCUUCCAACAUGCCCUGAUGGCACGUUUCCUGAUUAAAUGCCUGAAGACUGUCAAUUAUUUUGGUGAAAAGCUGAAUUCGGAAGAUAUUCUUAAGAUUGAGGCAAUUGCUUUGAGAAAUCUCCAAUUUUUACAAUUCAAUACCCACGAGGUGGCUGAGCUGCACAAAUCGCAAAGGGAUGGCAGUGAAAAGACCGAGUUCAUUGGUGGUGCUUUGUAUCCAACAUUGGCUUUGUUCAAUCAUUCUUGCGAUCCGAGUGUUGUGAGAUACUACCGCGGUACAACCAUUCACAUUAACAUGGUCAAGCCCGUCGAGGCUGGUUUGCAGAUUUGUGAAAAUUACGGCCCCAUCUACACCCAGGAAACCCGAAACGAACGCCAAGCCAAACUCAAGGAUUUGUACAAAUUUGAAUGUUGCUGCGAUGCCUGUUUGGAGAAUUGGCCCACCUUCGACAAGUUGCCCACCGAUGUCAUCCGGUUCCGCUGUGAUGCACCGAACAAAUGCAACGCCGUCAUUGAGGUUCCACCCAACUGCAACGAUUUCAUGGUCAAAUGUUUGACCUGCAAUGAGAGUACAAAUAUUCUCAAGGGUCUGAAAGUGAUGCAGGAUACUGAAAUGAUGACGCGUACUGCCAAACGUUUGUACGAUACGGGUGACUAUUCGAAGGCCCUGAAUAAAUAUGUGGAUCUUAUUAAAAUCAUGUCCGAAGUUCUGGCUCCACCAUUUCCCGACUACUGUCAGUGCCAGCAAUUCCUUAAAGAUUGUUUCCUACAUCUGGGCAAUUUCUAUAAUUUGGAUUGAGUUUAGUUUUGGUUCAAUUUUAUUAUUUUGUCAUUAAUUUUUCUGGCGGUAAUA